AUGUUUUAUUCCAGUGUACAAGGAAAAUAUGCGAAUGGAGAGAAGUUCACAUACACUCAAGCACUUGUUUUCUUUUUGUGUGUGGCAAAUACUAUUUUCGCUUGGGUACUUAGACCGAAGAAAGAUGUGGAUACCGUUCCUACAAGAAUGUAUGGCUUGUGUGCCGCUAGCUAUCUCCUUGCAAUGAUUUGUAGUAAUCAAGCACUACAGUAUUUACCUUACCCUACCCAGGUGCUGGCCAAGUCAUGCAAACCAAUUCCCGUUCUUAUUUUUGGCGUCCUAUUCGCUGGAAAGAAGUAUUCAUGGAGGAAAUACCUAUUCAUAUUGAUGAUAGUUUUUGGUGUUGCGGUGUUUCUCUACAAGGACAAGAAGUCGACAACUGAAAAGCAAAUAGGAAUUGGAGAAUUGUUAUUGUUAUUAUCAUUGACUAUGGAUGGAACAACCACAUCCAUUCAAGAUAGGAUAAACAAAAGCUACAAACGAAGUACACUCAGUAUGAUGUUUUAUAUGAACUUCUUCUCUACUAUCUACCUGAUGAUUGGAUUAGUAGCCACGGGUGAACUGUUUGAAUUUAUUGGUUUUGUUGAACGUCAUCCAUAUGUGCUGUUUGACCUGUGCUUCGUAGCCGCUUCAAGUUGUGGUGGUCAG